AAUAAGCGGUGGCACAGCUACACAACAUGGCGGACGUUUGACAGCUUCUAAAUAUUUUGUUAGAUAUCUUUUUGUUAAUUUGGGACUAUGGAUGAGGAGGCACGAGCUGAUUCUUCUAGAGCGACUGUAACAAUGCGUCUCAUAAGGUCCUUUGAAUACAGGAAUAUCAAAUAUGUCGUAUUUAAAGAUGUGUCAUUGGAACAAACAGCCAAAGAUUUCAUGGACUUUGUCGUUUCGGAUCUUGGGAGUUAAACAAGUGAUCCAGUGAUAAACACAGAAAAUGAUGAGAUGCUUAUGCUUAGACAGGACUGCAGUCUUUCCAAGAAUGGAAUUGGACAUGAAACAGAAAUAUCUUUCUUCAAGAAAGAAGAUUAUGAUAGAUACAAAGCUAACCCAGUGCUGAAAUGGUAGAGAAUGUAAAUAAAUUUAGUUGAUGACUAAUAAUUCUUCUCUUUAGGAUAUUUAUCUGAUGUUAUGCUCACCUAGAGUGACAUUUUGACAUUAGGGAGGGAGAGAGGGAGGAGGGGUUGAUGAAAAACUUACAGAGGGCUUUGAUA